CUCGUGCCGCCCUUUCAUCCUCGUAAUCCGUCUGCGCAGGGUGUGUGCUCCGGAGCUAGUCUCGGCGCACAUUUUAUUAUUAUGAAACAAACCACAAGCUAGAGUACAGACGCAGACAUAUUUUUAUAAGAAAAAAAGAAAAAAAUCGGUGAAGCAGGAUUCGAUUUACGAAACUAUAACAACGCGACGAGGACGCGGAAAGAAAGCCUGAAAGACGCAACGGGUGGAACGUUAGCUGAGCUAGUUGGUUAGCAUCAUUGUUGGAAGCGUGGGUGAUUAACCUCGGCCUGUUAAUAAACCGUUCACCUCUAUGUCCCAUGUGAAGGGUACUGUCGUUUCAUUUGUAGUCGAGAAUAUUGAAUUUGUGUAAUACACGCAACCUGGCUUGUCAACUUGCUGCGUAUAAAACGGCGAUAACAAUUUAAACGUGCCAUCUCCGGUUAGGCCAAACUCCGAUAUCGGGCGAUUAAGCUUGCUAGCCCACGUUGCUAACUGAAAGAUUCCGUUAACUCGCUAAUUUCAAUUUGUCGGAGUGGUGAAACGGGCCACUGAAGAGAAUAAUCGUCCCAUUACGGAGACGGUUCUGUCAUUUACCGUCUAUAUAUUUUACGUUGUCAUAUUUUUUUAGCCGUGUAGUUUGAAAACGUGUCGUCAGGGAUGAAUCCUAGCGCGCCCAGUUACCCCAUGGCCUCCCUCUACGUGGGAGAUCUGCAUCAAGAUGUUACAGAGGCCAUGCUUUACGAGAAAUUCAGUCCGGCCGGUCCCAUCCUCUCCAUCCGAGUGUGCAGGGACAUGAUCACCCGCCGGUCCCUUGGUUAUGCCUAUGUCAACUUCCAGCAGCCCGCUGAUGCUGAGCGUGCUUUAGACACCAUGAACUUUGAUGUGAUCAAAGGCAGGCCCCUUCGAAUCAUGUGGUCUCAACGUGACCCCUCACUGAGGAAGAGUGGAGUGGGCAACAUCUUCAUCAAGAACCUUGACAAGUCCAUUGACAACAAGGCUCUGUAUGACACCUUCUCAGCUUUUGGAAACAUCCUCUCUUGCAAGGUGGUUUGUGAUGAAAAUGGCUCAAAGGGCUACGGGUUUGUGCACUUUGAGACCCAUGAGGCUGCUGAGCGUGCCAUUGAGAAAAUGAAUGGCAUGUUACUCAAUGACAGAAAAGUGUUUGUUGGGCGCUUCAAGUCCAGGAAAGAGAGAGAAGCUGAGCUUGGCGCCCGUGCCAGAGAGUUCACAAAUGUGUACAUUAAGAACUUUGGGGAGGACAUGGAUGAUGAGAAGCUGAAAGAGAUGUUUGGGAAAUAUGGACCUGCCCUCAGUAUACGUGUCAUGACAGAUGACAGUGGUAAAUCAAAGGGAUUUGGCUUUGUCAGCUUUGAGAGACACGAGGAUGCACAAAAGGCUGUUGAUGACAUGAAUGGGAAAGAGCUAAAUGGCAGGCAGGUUUAUGUGGGCCGUGCUCAAAAGAAGGGAGAGCGCCAGAAUGAACUCAAGCGCAAGUUUGAGCAAAUGAAGCAGGAUCGCAUGACUAGAUACCAGGGUGUUAAUUUGUAUGUGAAAAACUUGGAUGAUGGCUUGGAUGAUGAGCGUCUCCGCAAAGAAUUUUCACCCUUUGGAACCAUAACAAGUGCUAAGGUAAUGAUGGAGGGCGGUCGCAGCAAAGGCUUUGGCUUUGUCUGCUUCUCCUCUCCUGAAGAGGCCACCAAGGCUGUGACAGAGAUGAAUGGCCGCAUUGUCGCUACCAAACCACUGUAUGUGGCCUUAGCCCAGCGCAAGGAAGAACGUCAGGCCCACCUGACCAACCAGUACAUGCAGAGGAUGGCUACUGUCCGAGCUGUACCCAACCCUGUGAUCAAUCCCUACCAGCCUGCCCCGCCUUCUGGCUAUUUCAUGGCUGCUAUUCCUCAGGCUCAGAACCGUGCUGCAUACUACUCAACCAACCAGCUGCCCCAGCUUCGCCCCAGCCCCCGUUGGGCUGCUCAGGGUGUGAGACCCCAGCACUUCCAGAACAUGCCCAAUGCCAUGCGUCCGUCCGCCCCCAGGCCCCAGACCUUCAACGCCAUGCGACCCACCACCACCCAGGUCCCACGCAUGAUGACAUCUCAGCGUAUGCCCACUCAGGCCCUCAGUCAGCGCCCUGCCAGUGCCUCAGCCGCUGCUGCUCCAGUGCGCGCCAUGCCCCAGUACAAGUAUGCCGCUGGUGUACGCAAUCCCCAGCAGCACAUGGCUUCUCAGCCACAGGUCACCAUGCAGCAGCCUGCUGUUCAUGUCCAAGGACAGGAGCCCCUGACUGCUUCCAUGCUGGCUGCUGCACCUCCUCAGGAACAGAAGCAAAUGCUGGGUGAGCGUCUGUUCCCCCUGAUCCAGAAUAUGCACCCCAGCCUUGCAGGGAAGAUCACUGGUAUGCUUCUGGAGAUUGACAACUCGGAGCUGCUCCAUAUGCUGGAGUCACCAGAAUCUCUCCGCUCCAAGGUGGAUGAGGCUGUGGCUGUGCUUCAGGCCCACCAGGCCAAGGAAGCUGCUCAGAAGUCCACCACCCCUGCUGGGGUUCCCAGUGUCUAAGAAGAUUAAGCAUUUUGAAACCUGCUUCACCGAUGAAAAAGAGAAAAAAAAUUAAACAUUGAAAAACCUAAAACUCUGAAAACAUCGCAAAAUGAUAAAUUAUUUCUUAAAAAAGAGAUGAAAACAAUUGACUCUGCCAGGUCUAGGGAUGGUUUGACUAGACCUUGAUCAUAAAAAAAGGAAAAAAAUUGUUUUAAAAAAUAGUAAAAUAUAGAAAAUUGAAUUAAUAAAUUUGAUGAAUGCAUUUUUGAUUUAUGUCAUUUUACUGUGUCAGUGCUCAGAAUAUCUACUGUGUACAGGAGGAUGAUAGCUGAGCAUUUUGAAAAGUAAUUUGUAUCGUAAACUACUGGCUGUUAUAAACUUAAACAAUAUUAAUA